GUUACUAAAACAUCCCACUAGUGCCACCCACAGGACAGUUGGCGACACCACACCUAUAUAAUGAUUGUAUAACAUAAUAUAACAUAACUGUUUAAUAUACAUAUUGGCUUGAAAUGAAUGGGGCUAUCAAAUGUGUGUAAAUCAAGUCUUUGCUCAUAAUAGGCAGGAGGGGCAAUAUUAUUAGCCUAAAACUGGAAAGUGGCUGGGUUUAACAGGGCAGAGGACUGUGAAUUCAAACCGCUUCCUGAACCAGUCAGGCCAAGCGAGGCUUCGGACGUCAUCAAUGACAUCAUUGCUCAUCAGUGACGUCAUACAAGCCUCGAUACGCACUUCAAAGCUGAUGUGAUUUCUCGACACACGCUCCGAAGCAUCGGCACAGAAUUAUAUUAAACCAAGUUAUUAUGAGAUAAGUCCAACAAACUAUUCUAAAAGACUUUGUUCACCUGAGUGUGUGUCUGAUGUCUACGAAGCCUCCUUUAGUUUAAGUUACCUAUGGAUAAAGAAAGACUGUUUGCUUUCCAAGUUUCUCCGUUAUGUUAUGUUGACUUCAGAACUUUCCUGAUUUCCAGUUCUGAUCCCAGCUUCAAUAAACCUGAAGUACUCUCUUACUGUCACGGAACAUGGUUGUAGAGAGAGCCGCACGAAGGAGGAUUUAAUGAGGUUUUUUAAGGAGGGUUUUUAAUAAGCAUCACAUGUAUUCCAUUAAAAUAACAAUCCAGGACAAAGAACAGAAAGAAACUGAAGGCUUAUAAGGACAGUGAAACAAAGAAGCAAACGAGAUGAUUAAUUCAACACAGGUGAUCAGACUGAACGAUAAUUAACAAAACUUAAAUUAUAAUCUUUGUGUGCCCUUCGUCAGAACUGAGCUUGGUAAAACCUCUUUUAAAUAUGCUGCCACUUCAGAUUGGAACCUUCUCCAAAAGGAGAUGAAGUUACAAAACUUGGUGUCUUAUAAUUAUUUUAAGUCUUUACUAUGUAAUCUAGAGAGCAACUUAACAAUGUGUAAUUGUUUUUAACUUGUUAUAUGUUGGUUUGCAAUGUUUGUUGUAACUAUGUCGUUUAUUUGUAUAUGCAAACUCGGCUGCCUAUUUUGGCCAGGACACUCCUGGAAAAGAGAUUUUAAUCUCAGUGAGUCUUUUCCUGGUUAAAUAAAGGUGUAUAAAAACAAGAACAGGAAAUACCAAAUAAGGCCAGAUGGGAACCAAACAGAAACCAACACGUGACAGAUCUGGAGGCUGGUGCAGGACGGGGACACAGAGGAGGCCUCCAGGGCGGUUCAGGCAGACCCAGGAGCCAUGGCGGAUCAGGAGGCUCGGGCGGCCAUGGCGGAUCUGCCUCCAUGGCCUUGGCCCGGCCACUACGGCCACAGGAGACACCGGAGACGAUUCUGGAGGGAGCUCUGGGGCUGGAGCCAAUAACAUCCCCUCGUACUCCACCAGUAUUCCUAGGGGCACAUGUGCAGUGGACGGUGGGCUUGAGUGAGCCGCGGACGACGAUGGGCUUGAGUCAGUGGCGGCUGACAGGCUUGACUGGGGAACAGCUGACGGUCUGGAUGGCGGGCUGGUUCUGGAUCAGGGCUCUCCAGAUACCGGAGGAUCCCUUCCCUCCAGCUGAGUCCGGUGGUGUCUGGGUGGUCCGUGGGGUGAUGGUAGUUGGUCCCGAUCCAGAACAGAGAGUUGAGUGUUGCGUCAUCUAGCCCCGUCCUUACGGCGAGCCCGCUGAACUCUCUCGCAAACUCCAACAGCGGGAGAUCUCUGCAGGCCAAGAUGGCAAAGCACGCCGCAAUCUCCAUUAUCCGUCCUUUUCUUUUGGGUCCUGGAUUCUGUCACGGAACGUGGUUGUAGAGAUAGCCGCACAGAGGAGGAUUUGACGAAAGGAGUUUUUAAUAAGCAUAAAUACACGUAUUCCACUAAAAUAACAUUAAUCCAGGACGAAGAACAGAAAGAAACUGAAGGCUUAUAAGGACAGGGAAACAAACGAGAUGAUUAAUUCAACGCAGGUGAUCAGACUGAACGAAACAAAACAAGAACAGGAAAUACCAAAUAAGGCCAGACAGGAACUAAACAGAAACCAACACGUGACACUUACCUGUGUUUUGUUAUCUGUUUCGUGACAGACAAUAACGUCUUGUUGUAUUAUUUUUAGUUAUUUUAUUUUUGUGAUUUGUUAUGAUAUCAUAUGUUUUGCAUAUAUACAGAGACACCUCUGUGAAAGGACUUUACAUUUACCGUGAAGUGCUCUUUCAUCUAAAGUUUUAUUUUUUUUUAGUGUUGCUCCAUCAUAAAAACACAUAAUUGAAAGCACUCAGAUUAGUUUAGAUUGUAAUAUAGUGUAUAUGAAAUAAUCACAAAGUACUCUUUAAAGUGUAAUUAAUGGAUAGAUUAACAUGUAAUUUGCUGAAAACAGUAGUUCAAAUUAUUUGUUUUAAUCUGUUUCUAUUAUAAUUUAGUUCAUCAGAAGAGAUCAGAACCAGAGCCCAGCUGUGUUUCUAUGAGUGACGGGUCUAUGCUUUGGCCAGUUAAUUUUAACAGUGGAGAUACACAGACUGAUCUUGGUCAUGAAGUCUUCAACACAUUUAGAUCAAAUCUGAUGAAGAAGUUUGAGUGUCUGUAUGAGGGAACAGCAAAGCAGGGAAACCCAACACUCCUGAAUGAUAUCUACACAGAGCUCUACAUCACAGAGAGUGAGAGUGGAGAGAUCAGUAAUGAACAUGAGGUAAGACAGAUUGAGACACAAUCCAGGAGAGCAGCAACAGAGGACACACCGAUCAAAUGCAGUGACAUCUUUAGACCUUUACCUGGACGAGACAAACCCAUCAGAACUGUGCUGAUAAAGGGAGUCGCUGGCAUUGGAAAAACAGUCUCUGUGCAGAAGUUCAUCCUGGACUGGGCUGAAGGGAAACAGAAUCAGGACGUCCAGCUCAUAUUUCCACUUCCUUUCAGAGAACUCAAUCUGAUGAAGGACAAAACACUCAGUCUUUCAGAUCUUCUUCAUGUCUUUUUCCCUGAAACAAAAGAAAUGGAAAUAUCCAGUGACAAAUAUAAAGUGUUGUUCAUCUUUGAUGGUCUGGACGAGUGUCGUCUUCCCUUACAGUUUAAAACUAAUGAUACUCUACGGGAUGCAAACAAAAAGAAAUCAGUGGACGUGCUGCUGACGAACCUCAUUGCGGGGAAUCUGCUUCCCUCUGCUCUCAUCUGGAUCACCUCCAGACCAGCAGCAGCUGAUCUCGUCCCCUCUGAGUGUGUCCAUCGAGUGACAGAGGUACGAGGCUUCAAUGAUCCACAGAAGGAGGAAUACUUCAGGAAGAGAAUCGGUGAUCAGAGUCUGGCCGAUAGGAUCAUCUCACACCUGAAGUCAUCAAGGAGCCUCUUCAUCAUGUGCCACAUCCCAGUGUUCUGCUGGAUCUCAGCCGCUGUUCUGGAGAAGAUGUUGAGUCGAGCAGAGAGUGGAGAGAUUCCCAAGACUCUCACUCAAAUGUACACACACUUCCUGAUCCUUCAGACCAACAUCAAACAUGAGAAGGACUAUGAGAAGAAUGUGACGGAUGAAGACAUGAUCCUCAGACUGGGGAAACUGGCUUUUCAGCAGCUUGUGAAAGGCAACCUGAUCUUCUAUGAGGAAGACCUGAGAGAGUGUGGCAUUGAUGUGACAGAAGCAUCAGUGUACUCAGGAUUGUGCACUCAGAUCUUCAGAGAGGAGCUUGGCUUGUAUCAGGGGAAAGUCUUCUGCUUUGUUCAUCUGAGCGUUCAGGAACAUCUAGCAGCUCUAUAUGUGCACCUCUUUUUUAUAAAGAACUGCUCACAGACCUUUUCUAGUUUGUCCUCUGACCUCUCAAUUUUUUUAAAGUAUACUUUAUCAGACCUACAUCAGAGAGCUUUGAAUGAGAUGCUACAGAGUAAAACUGGGCAUCUGGAUCUUUUCCUGCGGUUUCUUCUGGGUCUGUCAGUGGAGUCUCAUCAGAUUCUCCUACAAGGACUAAUGAUACAGAGAAGCAGCAGCUCUGACACCAGUGAGGAAACAGCUGAGUACAUCAAGAUGAAGAUCAGGACCAUUGACUCUCCAGAGAAAUCCAUCAAUCUGUUCCACUGUCUGAAUGAACUGGGUGAUCAUUCACUAAUGGAGGAAAUACAACAGUAUCUGAAAUCUGGAUCAAUAAAUAAAGCUAAACUCUCUUCAUCUCAGUGGUCAGCUGUAGUUUUUGUAUUAUUGACAUCAGAGAAGAAGCUGGAUGAGUUUAAUAUGAAUAAAUUUGUUGAAGCAAAUAAUGAAACCAGGAAACUGAAAGUUUUUCAGAAGCUGCUGCCUGUGAUUAAAGAAUCCAGAUCAGUUCAGUUGAGAUAUUGUGGUAUCACAGAUGAAGGUUGUGCUGCUCUGACUUCAGCUCUGAGAUCAAACCCCUCACACCUGAGAGAACUGGAUCUGUCUGGAAAUAAACUAGGAAAUUCAGUGAAACUUGUCUUUGAUGUUCUACAGGAUCCUCGCUGUAAACUGGAGAAACUGUGGUUGAAGAAUUGUGGUAUCACAGAAGAAGGUUGUGCUGCUCUGGCUUCAGCUCUGAGAUCAAACCCCUCACACCUGAGAGAACUGGAUCUGAUUGAGAAUAAACUACAAGAUAUGGGAGUGAAGCUUCUUUGUGCUGGACUUAAAAAUCCUGACUGUAAACUGGAGAGACUCUGGUUGAGUUAUUGUGGCGUCACAGGUGAAGGUUGUGCUGCUCUGGCUUCAGCUCUGAAAUCAAACCCUUCACACCUGAGAUUUCUGGAUCUAUACGAGAAUAAACUACAGAAAUCAGAAGUGAAAGUUCUCUCUGAUCUGAAGGAUGAUCCACAUUAUAAACUGGAGAGAUUAUACUACUGACUCAGUAUUUAGACGUCAGUCCAGUUUUCUCAGGAUCAGCUGAUGGUGAAUAAGGAGCUGCUACAGAGACACACAGUCACACAAUCAACAGAGACUCAAGACACAGAGAUCACACUGCAAUCUUGUUUAUAUCAUUAUGUGGGUCUGUUCUUUUAAAUUACAGGUUCCACAAUGAUUAUUAAAGGACCUAAACUCACUGUAUCAUUUAAGACUCAGCAAUGCCCCAUGAAAAUCAGUGCUGAAAGCACCAUUAGCGAGUCAGAAUCGAUUAAGAUUCACUAUUGAUUACAAUGUAGCUGUAAACUCAAGAAAGGUUUAAAAGUUUUACUUUGAGAAAAUCAAGAGCCUGAUUAAAGAAGAGAUAGAUGUUGUAAAUGUGUCUACCAGCAGAGGGAGAGAAACAUUAUGCAAAUAAUUUUAUGAGGCCCCACGUAAUAUUUAAAUCAAACUUCGCUUAUCAGUACAUACAUGUAAAACUUUUGUAUUAUUUAGCUACUUGAUCUAUUAAAGUUUACACUUAAAUCUUUUGUUUUAUACUGUAUUAUUUUGCUGGUUUCUUCAGAGACUGGCUUCUGUCUCUGAACACAGUUAAUUACUAAUUGUUUUCAGUUUAAUACUAAUGUUGAAUCAUAUUCCUCUUGAUGACAUUUCUGAAGCCAACAUCAGAAAGCAGUGAUGAGACAGUCAGUCGCACUUAAAUACACACUUUAUAUUAAAUACACACUUUAUAUUAUAUGCAUCAUUAUUUUUUCAUUGUGAUAUUUUUAUGAAUUUUCCUAAUUACAUAAGAUCUUUUUUUAAAUGUAAUUUUGACUCAAUGAUAAUGUUAAAGUAAAGAUCAUGUUCCAUAAAGAUAUUUUGUAAAUUUCUUACUGUAAAUAUAUAAAAACUUCAUUUUUAAUUAGUAAUAUGCAUUGCCAAGAACUUCAUCUGGACAACUUUAAAGGCGAUUUUCUCAAUAUUUGUAUUUUUUUGCACCCUCAGAUUCCAGAUUUUCAAAUAGUUGUAUCUCGGCCAAAUAUGGUCCGAUCCUAACAAACCAUACAUCAAUGGAAAGCUUAUUUAUUCAGAUUUCAGAUAAUGUAUAAGUCUCAAUUUCAAAAAAAGACUGGUUCUGUGGUCCAGGGUAACAUAUGAUAUUAAAAUAUAACUGUAUUUUUUUUAAAUACAGCAUUUAAUUAUUGAAGACUUACACAUUUUUGGACAAUUACAAUUUAAGUUUUUUUUAAUUAGCUUGUAAACAAACUACACAUACUGAACAAUUAUAGUUUUAAGCAGUGUAUUAACAGUUAGUUAGUGUGCUACUGUAACUGAUCUUUUCUCUUCCCUGCCUUGUGUUGUGGAUGAAUAAAGCUCGUGAUUCAAGAAUUCUUCUCUCAGCCCAUUUAUUCACUGAGAAAACAGGAUAACACAGAGUGCGUUGAUAACUUCCAGCAUUUUCGACACUCCUUGUCUUUCACUCUCUUCACCAAUGUCUAGCACUUUUCUUGAUAUCGAAUAUAUGCUGUUUCUCAUGAUAUAUCACACACUUCAUAGAUAAUAACAGAUGGAAUUACGGAGCUACCAAACACACAACUUACCGCUGGC